AUGUCUUUGUUGGACAGUACACCUGUGUUCGAAGCAAGGGCUAGGGCUAUCGGCAUCGAUGACCAGGUCAUUGCCCAAAUGGGAUUGCGUGGAUGGGUGUCACAUGCAACUUAUGCUUUCUCGGUUGCAACGACGCCGGGUGGAGAUGAACAGAUAUUUGCAGACGGUGUCAUCACACCAUUGCUUGGGAACGCUGACCACAGAGACGCUCCAAAGCUUAGGAGAUUGUUCUUCGAAGCCCACACCUUGACCGCUGCCGAGAUGAAACGCAAGGUGGACUCGACAGAGCAGGAGGCGCCCAGGAAACUUCCUGCACCCGAAAUAGCCCAAAGGAUCGAGUUGCUGCAGGCCAGAAUUCACCCGUUGAUUGUGGCCAACUUUCUGGAACCGUCACAUCACUUGAUCAACUCGUUGGUGCAGUGCGUGGAGGAUGGCAGAGUGAGGUACAUUGAAUGGGCGCGUUGCACAUCGCGCACACAAGAGGUAAACAAUGUGAAGGAAGACAAUGACUUGAAGAUAUGGAAAGCUGACAGCUCAGGUGCUAUCAGGGCCACGAACAAAGACCCUGCUUUGGCCGCAGUCUUGAACACAGAGCUCGAUGUGCACCACGCACUGAGACGACGUGGAGUGGCAUAUGAGAUCGCUCAGGCGAUGACGUUUGAGGUGCACGAAUCAAUUAUCAACUAUUUCUUCUUCGAGCUGAAGAAAGAGCCCAUGGAAGGUUUUGCUCAAGUGACCUUGCAGCAGGUUGCAGCGGCUGACAGGGAGCUUCAUGUCAGAUUGGCUGAGGCCACACGUGCGGGUUUCCGCAACGGCCCGGCUGGAGAGUUGCCCCUUGACUUGCCAGCCAAAGCCAUUUUGGAGGGCCCUGAAUUGAAGUGGCUCCUGAUGCCGCUGCCAAAGCGGCCUGUGGCAAAAGCACAUCAUGGCGAUGCCCCUGGAAAGAUUUCACAGGAUGCAGAACCCAAAAGGACCAAGGUGGAGCCAAACAAGAACAAACAAGAGGCACUCCGGAUCAAAAAGUUGAAGAGGACGCCUAUGCCGAAGAAGCUGGUCGGCUGUGUGCCUUGCAACGAGGACGGCCAGCCAAUUUGUUUUGGGUUCAACCUGGGCACUUGCUCUCACUCAGGAGUUGCCUUGAAAGCAGAUGGCAAAGAGGGCGAUGAGGAUCGCCUGGCCUGGUGGCAGGCUCACGAAAGCGUGUGUCAGCCGCCCUUUUUGAAGGCAGUGGAUGCCUUGAGCACACGUUGGUUGCAAAGCGAAUGCGCUCUGCAACGGACACAAAUGAGGCAAAAGAGCCUCGGUCUUUUUGUGACAUCGCUGAAGAACAGUCGAGUCAUACUGGACCUGCUGCCAAUCAAGAAGUUGAUGGUCGGGCAGGGUCGAAUGCAACAACGCAUUCAAAGCAACUUUUCCUUUUGGAUUUAUUUUGUGGUACAGCUGGCGUGGCUGCAGCGUUUCGAGCAAUGGGUGGAGAGGAAAGGGAUGCGACCAGUUCCGCUCAGAUCUGAAGCUGAGCCAAUGGGUUUUUCUAGUUUGCGCGGAGUUGCAAAAAUCAAAGUUCUUGCUGCCAACAAGUUGUAUGCGUUUGCAAGAAAGGUCAUGGACCUGUGUGAGAGAAAAGGUUUACAACCCCGAGGGGCCAGAGCUCCCUUGCUGGUGGGUGAUUUCAAAUUCAAAAUCGACAUCAAAUCAACUGAUGUCACCAUUCCCGCGUCCAUCGAGGACAAUGUGCACGCUCCAUUUCAGGGCCUCCCCUUGCACUCUAAGUUGAUUUCUUCUCGAAUGGUAACUGAAGUGGGGGAGAAUGGCGAGAAGAAGGUUUUUUCCCUGUCGUCAUAUGGUGUUUUUCGUUCACCCUGGGAGUUUUUGGACAAGGCCCUAACGUUAGAGCACCCUUUGGACAGCCCUCAUACAGUGGACAAGAGCAACCUAAAGGCCAUGGUGUUCAUUAGGGACCACACUAAGGCGGAGGUGUUGAAAUUCAGGGCCCAGCAACUAAGAAGAUAUACAGAGAGAGCAGCCCAGCUCUCCAGUGAGGAGAACCAACUUAAGAACUCGCUGGAUCCCGAUGUCAGACGCGUGCUGGAGGGCAAACGACUGCUUCUAUUCAAGGACUCUUCAGUGUGGGCAAAGAAGAUGAUCCAUGCGUCAUGCAGACGAGUUGGUGCAGACCCUGAAAUAGCCUGGGCUGUAUAUGAGGAAACCAUUCAGCAGAAGGCGGAUGGCUGGGUGAAAGGGCCUUACACCUCUUCAGAAUUGGACAAGAAGUUUGAUGGUUGCUGGAUCCCGUCGAAAAGGUUCGGGGUGAGACAAGGUGGAAAGAUACGGGCGGUCGAUGAUUUUUCUGAAUUUUUGGUGAACGCCUCUGUAACGGCGACUGAGAAAUUGCAGUUGUUUGGACUCGACGAGGUUGUCAACACAGCGCGUACCUUCCUUGGUUGCGACUUUUUGAUGAUGGAUGAUGAGCUUGACAACUUGUGGUGCUCCGAACGGGUCAGAUUCUUCACAGGGCCCUGGCGAAAGAUAUUUGGAAGGGCGCUAGAUCUGAAGAGCGCUUACAAGCAACUUGCCCGGCAUCCAGCUGACAGCUGGGCAGCCAUCCUUGCGGUUUGGAAUGAUGAUGCUGGCACAGUCGAAUUUUACGAGUCAGUCGCCCUGCCGUUCGGGUCUGUAUGCGCUGUGAUGGCGUUUAAUAGGAUGGCAAAGGCAUUAAGGCUGAUUCUUUCAGAGCUCUUCAUGGUGAUCAACACAAAUUUUUUCGACGAUUUUUGUCAGCUUGAGUGCGAAGGUCUAUGCGAGUCAGCAUGGGAGACAGCAGAGUUUGUGAUGAAGCUUUUGGGCUGGCGCAUUUCCAUGUCUGAAGAUAAGCGUUCGGCUUUCGCUGGAGAAUUUAACCUUCUUGGAGCGGUGGUUGACCUGACGCGGUCUACAGCUGGGCUUGUGGCGGUUCACAACAAACCGUCUCGAAUUGCUGAUUUGCAGAGCUUGGUUCAAAGCAUUUGUCAAAGCGAGACAGUUGCGCUCUCGCUGCUCGAAACCUUGAAGGGCAGGCUGUUAUAUGCAGCGGGUCACACAUUUGGGAGGUGUUCUCAGCUUGCAAUACAACUUAUUUCUCGAGUUGCCAGGAGAGGGCCACUGGUGGUACUCGAUGAAAAACUCAAGGAAGUUAUCAAUGCGGCACUGCUUUGUUUGAUGGAUGCAAAACCACGUCAUGUUUCUGCCUGGUCAGGAAGACCCCCGCUUAUCAUCUUCACAGACGGAGCUUGUGAGGAAGAUGGCCUGUGUGUGACUCAUGGGGCUGCCUUUUACGACCCUGAAUCACAUCACGCCUUGAUGUUUGGUGACUAUGUACCAACUUGCUGGACAGACAAGUGGCGCACAGAAGGAAAGAAGCAGCUGAUCUGUCAGGCUGAACUAUUUCCAGUCCUUGUUGCAAAGAACACUUGGAGUCAUUUGAUAUCAGGACGUGCUGUCCUCUGGUUCAUUGACAAUAACUCUUCUCUUGCUGCAGUCAUUCGCUCAUAUUCACCUGUGCUUGAAAACUACGAACUUUUGGUUAUCAACGCGAGGUUGGACGUUGAGUUACAAGCAAUGCACUGGUACACUCGAGUACCUUCCAAGUCGAAUUUGAGCGAUGACCCAUCUCGUUUACAAUUCUCUGAGCUCGAAGCAAAGGGCUUCAAACGCUGCUCACCACGCUACGAUCUCACGAAAUAA